AGAAACGGACAUCGGGACACUUCUGUGACAAUUUCAAGGAGAGAUUUCAUUAUGACCGCAGUGUUUCAGGGAAUAGCGGGAAAAGGGAAAAAAGCAGCACCAAAAAGCCGUGAAACAGAGGCGAUGGCGAGGGUCAGGAGAGCGCUGUGGUUGGUACUGAGCAUGCUCAGUUUGUCCAUACUGCUCGUGGUGCUGGGAGCCUACACAACAACCCUUACAGAGAGCCUGAGUGUGAGUGGCUACGCAUCUGGAGUCAUUCUGACUCUCGGCUCCUUCCUGGGACUCCUGGGACUCCUCCUGGAAGAAAACCGCAAGCAGCUGCUAACAGCUGCCAUCGUCUUCCUCAGCUUCGGGGUCGUCACCUCUUUUGCUUGCCUGGUGAUUGAUGGUGUCUGUAUCGUCUUAAACAUGGACAUGCGUCCUCUGAGAGCAGGGAGGUGCCAGUAUUACAGCAGCGGCGGCAGCUACAUCUACGAGAACUUCUACACCACCGUGUCGUGUCUGAAUCUGAAAGAGUCUUGCAACAUGACGGUCCGAAGCGGGACCUGUUACUGCUGCGACCUGUAUGACUGUGCCAAUGGAGAUUACCUCAGCAAGUACUACGAGUUUGUUGGAGUUCAAAGCUGUGAGGAAGUCUUUGUGCUGUACGUUUUAAUCUGGACCCUCGCCAGCCUGAACCUUGUGGCCUUCUUCACGGGGAUCCUGACUACCGCUGUGCUGGGGAGCAUCAAGAACCUGAGAACCAGAAGCCUUGUGACUGAAUCCACCGAAAGCAAAGGGUCUCAUCCCACAGCCCCUCUGCUAACGGACGCCAACAUACACUCGCCACAGUUCCAUCCGGACGUGUGAGGCUUGUGGCCUCGAGCAGAAAAGACAAGCGGUUCCCACAGUUUUCCGUCUUCAGUGACUGCAACGCCCACGCUGACCAGCCUGCUGUCCCGCCGAGCCCAGGGCCUCGCCGCCUGAGCCGCACCAAACCUUCUCAACUUCAUACCAGAACGCAUUAAACACACAAAGAUCAGAAAGAGAUGCUUUAUCCCUCCAUCGAGGCAAAGCCGAGGUGGAGGGAUAAAGAGACUUCUGCCGUUCGACUGUUUAUCCAUUUGUCAAUCUGUUAGCAAUAUUUUGAAAGGAGGGAAUGAUUCACAACUCUUCCUCUGUUACAGUAACUAAAGCCACUUGGACUUCAUAGACGUGCUUUUGUGUCGUCUUUUAUUUGUUUUCUUUUAAAUCUCUUACUUUAGAGUAGGAGCUUUCCCAGCAUGAUGGAAACCACUUGUGAUGUAACUGACAGUGCAACACAGGAGUAACGGCGUGGUUUUCACUGAUCGACCAGAGAAAUAACGUCUGGCUGUUAUCUCACUUCAGUGUUCAUAGCCCGCGAUCAUAUGAGAUCCCUCUGAGACCUUGCCAGACCCGUUUCCCACAGAAAAGCCUUUAAAACUGUUUGGUCUGAAUGUGGAAAGCCAUAACUAAAAUACAGCCCUGCUCCUUUUUUUUUUUCUUUUUAAGAAAGUAUACUGGCCUGAAUGAUGUACAGAAGUUUAAUGUGAGGAUAGUUUCUCAAGCUAGAAAAAAGAUGGGUUUCAAAAGUAAAAUGUUUGUACAUAUAGUGCAAUGUGUUAUAAACUGCUUUUAUCAAUCAAUGGUUGAAAAAAAUUGUCUACCAACAACUCAACAACUUCUUAACCUCUAAUGAUUUCCUAGAUAAUUUCCAAUCAGGUUUUCGACCCCAUCAUAGCACUGAAACCGCGCUCACUAAGCUUAUAAAUGACAUCCGAAUGAACACUGAUCUAGGCAAAAUCUCAAUUCUAGUACUACUUGAUCUUAGCGCUGCUUUU